GGAGAAAAACCAUAUAUGUGUAAGGAAUGUGGAAAGGCCUUUACUCAAUCCUCCGGCCUCAGUAUACAUAGGAGAAUUCACACUGGAGAGAAACCGUAUAUAUGUAAGGAAUGUGGGAAGGCCUUUGAUGUAGCCUCAACUCUUACCUCAAUACUUAGUGACCACAGGAAAAUUCACACGGGAGAGAAACCAUAUAUAUGUAAGGAAUGUGGAAAGGCCUUUACUAGAUCCUCAGGUCUCAGUAUACAUAGGAGAAUUCACACUGGAGAGAAACCGUAUAUAUGUAAGGAAUGUGGGAAGGCCUUUGCUGUAGCCUCAACUCUUAGUGAACAUAGGAAAAUUCACACUGGGGAGAAACCAUAUAUAUGUAAGGAAUGUGGAAAGGCCUUUACUAAAUCCUCACGCCUCAGUAUACAUAGGAGAAUUCACACUGGAGAGAAACCGUAUAUAUGUAAGGAAUGUGGGAAGGCCUUUGCUGUAGACUCAACUUUUAGUGAACAUAGGAAAAUUCACACAGGGGAGAAACCAUAUGUAUGUAAGGAAUGUGGAAAGGCCUUUGCUACAUCUUCAAAACUUACUGUACAUAGGAGAGUUCACACUGGAGAGAAACCGUAUAUAUGUAAGGAAUGUGGGAAGGCCUUUGCUAGAGCCUCAAAACUUACUGUGCAUAGGAGAAUUCACACUGGAGAGAAACCGUAUAUAUGUAAGGAAUGUGGUAAGGCCUUUGCUGAAGCCACAAGCCUUAGUGUACAUAGGAAAAUUCACACUGGAGAGAAACCGUAUAUAUGUAAGGAAUGUGGGAAGGCCUUUCCUACAGCCUCAAAACUUACUAUACAUAGAAGAAUUCACACUGGAGAGAAACCGUAUAUAUGUAAGGAAUGUGAAAAGGCCUUUGCUACAGCCUCAAGCCUUAAUGUACAUAGGAGACUUCACACAGGAGAGAAACCAUAUAUAUGUAAGGAAUGUGGCAAGGCCUUUGCUGGAGCCUCUAGACUUACUGCACAUAUGAAAAUUCAUCUCAGAGAGAAACCUCAUCAG